AUGUCGUACAAUCAAAACUACAACCAAGAUUUCAACAACAACAGCUACGGCAGUUACGGCAACAGCUACAACAAUAACAGCUACGGCCAAAACAACUAUGGUGGUUCCUACGGAGGAAAUAGCUACGGUGGUGGCAGAGGUGGUUCCAGGGGCGGUUUCCGUGGUGGAAGAGGCGGCGGUUUUGGCGGCCGUCGUGUGGAUGAGAGAGUAGAACUUACUACUCCUGAGUGGGACCUUGAUUCUUUGCCCAAAUUUGAGAAAAAUUUUUACUCUGAACACCCAGACGUUUCUGCCAGAUCGGAAUCAGAGGUGCAAAGUUUCCGUAAGGAGCACGAUAUGAAGUGUGUUGGUACCGAUAUUCCCAAGCCAAUCACUUCGUUUGACGAGGCAGGGUUCCCAGACUACGUUUUGAACGAAGUCAAGCAACAAGGGUUCCCCAAACCAACUGCUAUUCAGUGUCAAGGUUGGCCCAUGGCGUUGAGUGGACGUGAUAUGAUUGGUAUUGCCGCCACCGGUUCCGGUAAAACUCUUUCUUACUGUUUGCCCUCGAUUGUCCACAUCAAUGCCCAGCCAUUAUUGGGUCCUGGUGAUGGACCUAUUGUGUUGGUAUUGGCUCCUACCAGAGAAUUGGCUGUGCAAAUUCAACAAGAAUGCUCCAAGUUUGGUGCCUCGCUGCGUAUCAGAAACACCUGUAUUUAUGGAGGUGCUCCUAAGGGCCAACAAAUCCGUGAUUUGGCCAGAGGCGUGGAAAUUUGCAUUGCUACUCCCGGUCGUUUGAUCGACAUGUUGGAGACUGGAAAAACCAACUUGAGGCGUGUAACAUACUUGGUGCUCGACGAGGCCGACCGUAUGUUGGAUAUGGGUUUCGAGCCUCAAAUCAGAAAGAUUGUUGACCAGAUUCGUCCCGACAGACAAACGUUGAUGUGGUCUGCUACCUGGCCCAAAGAAGUCCAGACUUUGACCCGUGACUACUUGAACGAUCCUAUCCAAGUCACCAUUGGUUCGUUGGAAUUGGCAGCCUCGCACACCAUCACUCAAAUAGUUGAAGUUCUCAGUGAAUUUGAGAAACGUGAUCGUUUGGUGAAACAUUUGGAAACAGCUACCGCAGACAAAGAGGCCAAGGUACUUAUUUUCAGCUCCACCAAGAGAGCUUGUGACGAAAUUACCAGUUACUUGCGUGCUGAUGGCUGGCCCGCAUUGGCUAUCCACGGUGACAAGCAACAAAACGAACGUGACUGGGUGUUGCGUGAGUUCAAGACAGGAAAAUCUCCAAUUAUGGUGGCCACCGAUGUGGCUGCUCGUGGUAUCGGUAAGUUUAUUUUUACUAACGCAGGCAUUACACGACAAUGCUAA